AUGAGGAAGGCUCUAGUUUGGUCAUUAGACGACGCAGAAGGGAGAUUUCAUCUUGUGAAAAGGCAGCACCAGCGGGAGGAUCCUCAAAAGUCUCAGUGUGAGAAGAGCGAUGUAGCAAACUAUAACUAUCCCCCAGAAAAGGAAAGAAAAUUAGCAAAAGUUAAUUUCUUCUCAAACUUUCCAUACUGUGUCACAGAUAUCAUUCAAGAAAUGGUGAAGAACAGAAUGCAUAUCGAAGCUAUUGAUGUUGCUUGUACAUUUGGGGUUGAGGAAAAAUUCUCUCAAAAUAUUCUUACAUCAUUUUUACGUGAAUCUAAAGAAAUCUGGAAAAGAACAAGGAGAGAAGCACAAGGUUCUCCUGUACCACUGAAAGAAGCGGAUGAAAGGCAACUUGCUGGCCUGAAAUCCUUAGUUAAGUGUUUGGAGGAUCACAAGAUGGAUCCUAUGAAGAUUCUUGCAGGAUGGCAUGUCAAUGACAAGAUGACCAACCUAGAGAAAGAAAUUGCAGAUCUAGAAAAGAAAAUAGAAGAAAAAGCUAAUUUGAAGAGAAAAGCUGGUGAAAUUGAGUCCUCAAAAAAGAUGAGAACCCAAGAAGUGAAACGUCCUUGGCCUACCACCAAUGUUUUGCCUCAGGAACUCCCUGCAAUCUUGGUGUCACAAGAUCAAAGGAAUCUUAGACUCACUGGUGGAAACAGCUCAAAUGAUGGAUUGUCUAAUAAGAACAUUUUCACCGGUGGAUUCCCCAGUCUGCACCAUGGAUACUCAGGUGUCUCAUCAGUUGCUAGUGCUGCAGUGCAAGAUACAAAAGGAAAUAUUCUCAGCUCUAUAGCUGGAAUUGGCAGUGGGCUUGCAACUGUAGCAACUAAUGGAUCUGGAGUAACUGGGUCGUCAACAGGAAGUGGUGGUGUUUGGUCCACUGGGCCAUUUUCUGGAAUUGGUGGGGGAGAUGGGGUUAGGCAAAUAACAGCUAAUGUUGUCGGGCCGUCUGGGUGGUAUGGGGAUGAAGCUUUCUAUAACGGUUCUGUUCAGAACAGUUUUCAUGAUCCAGCUUCCAGUGGGAAAGGAUUCUUUGGGCUGCAGCCAUCUCUGGAACAAGGCUUUCUAGGGCGGCCAACUACCCAAUCCCUGACUGUUGUGAAGCAGAGUUCAGGAUCCAAUCUUUAUCGAUUUGCAGAUACAGUUCUGGAAGGUGAUACUCAUUACCAUGGUGGCUCUUACACGGGAGAAGCAAGGACUUGGAAAUCAAAUGCUUUGGGCUACUAAUUGGGCCUAGAUCUGGCCUCAGCGUCGAAGGUCCGUGCUGGUUAACAUUCCAUGGAUGCUGUAAUGCUAAAGAAGUGCUAAUUGUUGCUGUUGUCCUCCUCUUAGUGUAAACAACAUUGAAUUUACAACUGCCCCUGGACUUCUUUUUUUCUUUUUUUUUUUUUUGACGGGGGGUGUGGUGAGUUUUUUUUUUUUUUUUUUGGGUUUUUUAGUCACCAAACAAUUGAGAAAUAGUUAAUAUGGGUUUCCUAUGGCUGCCUACUUUUCUCUUCUUUUAAAUAAAGCAAAUAAUAUUUAUUAA